GAACACCCAAGAAGUUACCCGAAUACCGGAAGUAGACCGAAGUAAACGUAAACAGUAAAAAAUGUUUCUGCACUGUUAAUUGAAAAUGUCAAGUGAAACAGUUGACAAACACUCGUUGCUGAAAGAUAAAAUAAAGUGUGACCCACUUUCUGCAGACUUGCAAUGGAGCUUAUUUGUUGGUGCUCUUCAAAGCUACAGAUUCGACACAGUGCUUCGGCCUUUCCCACCAUCAUUUUGUUUAGAUAAUGGCGAAAAGGAUAUCAAACGAUUGGAGCAAUGUGCAGAUAAAGUUACCAGUUUACAAGAUUUAUUGAAAAAAUCUGAUAUUUGCGAAGAAAUCCUAGACCUUGUCUCAUGGGUAUUAGAUAAGCAGUUUAAGAUAUGUUCUACACAGGAUAUUGGAUUCGAGGAUCUGAAGAAAUUAACCAAAGACACAGGUACUUGUACUAAGCCAGACUACAUAUUUGAAGUUUUACCCAGUGAAUCAGCAAGAGCUGCCUUUGAAGCAAAAAGAGAUGGGAGAGCACUGAUGUAUGCAUAUCACGGAAGUAGAUUUGAAAACUUCCAUUCUAUACUUCACAAUGGGUUGAUUUCACAUAUGAAUAAGAUUUCUGUAUUUGGAGAAGGAACAUAUCUAUCCAGUGAAUUGUCUGUGUCUUUGCACUACAGUCCCAUGGGUUUAGGCUGGGAACAUAGUACCUUAGGAAAGAAAAUCAGUUGUGUGGCCUUGUGUGAAAUGAUUGAUGAUUCAGCUGUUAAAUGUCAAACAAAAACAGAUGAUAACCAGAACAGGUCAAGAGCUACAGGGAGCAUGGCUGGAGAAGUUCCAGAUAAAUAUUAUGUUGUACAAAACAAUGAAGUUAUUCGCAUCAAAUAUUUACUGGUUUAUGCACAGAAAUCUGCCCCUUCCAGGUCAUUGACAAGUUGCUGGGUGUCAUGGUUACAUCAACAUAAGUUUGCUGUUAUGAUGAUCUUGUAUAUAUUAAUAUUAGGACUAGUAGGAUUAGCAAAUUCUCGAACUUUUAAAUAUUAUUUCAGGAAAUAUUUUAAAACAAGAUAAUAAAGCUCAUUAUUGGAAAAACAAAACAAUUUGUUUUCAUGAAGAAAAAAAAACAUGUACAAAAUAGUAAGUGCCUCAUCAACACCUAAAUACUAUCUAGUCUAGUUUAUAUGAAAUAAGCAAUGUAGGAACCAUGCUGUUGUUCACCAGAUUUGCAUUUUUUUUACCUGGUGACAAAAUACUGUAGCUGGGGAUUUUUUGUUUAGACCAACAUUUUCCAAAACUUGUUUUCCAGAUUUGUCGUUCUCCUGACAAGAUUGGGUUGUAUAUAUUCAACAAGUGGUUUUUGUCUCGCCUUGACGGAGUCAAAAAGCGAGACAUAGGUAUGCUGGCGACGGCUACGGCGACGGCGUCAACAAUGUAUUAGUUUGUGAUUAGUUCAGUUUUAUGGGGAACCACUAGUUGUAUGUCAAUGAUAAUUGGUAUGCAGAUGUAUUACCAUUGCCACAUCUCAUUGCCAUGGAGAUUUUUUGGCUCUGCCCCCUCAGUCAUGAUCUAUUGACUUUGAAUGGUUUGCUUACUUUACAUGUAUUGCUUUGUGAUUUUUAUAAUAAGUCAAUGGUAUGUGGUAUGCAGUGGUAUUAGCAUUGACACAUCUGAUUUACAUGGAGAUUGUUUAACUAUGUAACUCAGUCAUGGUUCAUUGACUUUGAAUAUUUGCAUAACUUGUGUAAGAUGUUAAGGUAUUGCUAUUUUGAAUUCAACAUUUUCAUAAUCAAAAUUACAAAAAGGCGAGACAUAUCUCUGUGACAACAGUUUAUUAAAUGAAACUGUUGUUGGCUUCGAAGAUCAUAAAUUUGUACAAUAACAUUAGUCAUUGGGGAGAGCAUUUCUUUUUGCAUUGCAAAGUAGUGUUGAUUGUAGUAGAUCAUUUAAUAAUAUACAAGCUUACUAAACAUGCUCAAUUUGGCUGCAGAGGUUUUAUAUAUGAUAAAAUUGAGAUGGGAAAUGGGGAACAUGUCUAAGAGGCAAUCUAACCAAAGAGACUGACAACAGCCAACAGAACAUGAAGGAUAGGUUAUAUAAAACUGACAUUUUACACCCUUAAUUGAUAGCGACUUAUCUUAUGACCCUUUUGAUCAUACUAUACCCUUUACCCCUCACAUAUCUAGGAAUUUAUAUGUUUUUACCUUUUAAUAUUGUUGGGUUUGAGCAUUUCUGAAGAGAGUAAAUAAUGAAAAGUAUUUGAAAUAUGAAUCAUUUAACUAAGUUUUCAUCAAGAAGUUUAAUUUAAGCACAAUAUAAACAACAAAAAAUAUGGAAGGGUUACUUUUUUACCUAUUUGUAAUAAGUCUGAUAUAUAUUGUAUGUAUUUGUGUUCCUUCGAAUCUAGAUUUUAUAUUUACAUGUUCACAAUAUGGUUAGAACAAUUGUUCUGCUCAUCAGUAAGUUUAUAAGUAAUUUUUAUCUUUAAAUGGUUUAUUUUGAUUUAUAGCUAAACUGUGAUAUAAGCAAGACUCAAAUGUAUUACAUGUUGUGCAUGUUUAUGUUUUAAUAUUGUAACAUAAGUAAUAGUGUCAGCCUUAUAUGCCAGCUGGCAUGAAAAGGAUUAAAAUUAGAAACCUAAAUAACACACACCCACAUGAUUCUAAGUGGUAAAAUGUCUUUAAUAUUUGCUGGUAUCUGAUUUUUGGGUAAAAGAGGACUUCCAUGGGAAAGAAGACUUUCAAGUCUUCUAGAAUCCUUAUAAUAUUUGAUAGUGUUUUGAUUAAAAAAAAACUAUUUUAGUGGUGUUGCCAUAUUUAACCCACUCUGUUUUUUAGCUUACCUUUCCUAAAAGGAAAUGUGAUCUUUUCUCAUCACUUGGUGUCCUUCGUCGUCUGUCGUUAACAAUUCAUUAACAAUUUUUCAAACAUCUUCUUCUCUGAAACUACUGAAUGGAUUUGGAUGAAACUUAGCAUGAUUGUUUCUUAGAUUAUCCUGCACAAAGUUUGUGCUUUGAUUUUGGAUCCCUCAAAAAACAUGGCCGCCGUUACUUAAAAUAGAACAUAGGGGUCAAAUGCAGUUUUUGGCUUAUAUCUCAAAAACGAAAGCAUUUAGAGCAAAUCUGACACAGGGUAAAAAUGUUCAUUAGGUCAAGAUCUAUCAGCCCUGAAAUUUUCAGAUGAAUCAAACAACCCAUUGUUGGGUUGCUGCCACUUAAUUGGUAAUUUUAAGGAAAUUUUGCAGUUUUUGGUCAUUAUCUUGAAUAUUAUUAUAGAUAAAGAUAAACUGUAAACAACAAAAAUGAUCAGCAAAGUAAGAUCUACAAAUAAGUUUGUAUGACCAAAAUUGUCAAUUGACCCCUUAAGGGGUUAUUGUCCUUAAGACAAUUUUUCACAAUUUGUUCAUCAUAUUUGCUUUAAAAAAUCUUCUCCUCUAAAACUACUCAACCAAAUUCAACCAAACUUCAACUGAAUAAUCAGUAGGGUGUAUAAAAUAAAGUUUGUGUUUUAUUUUGUAUUUCGUCAAAAAACGUGGCUGACAUGGCUAAAAAUAAAACACAGGGUAAAAUGCAGUUUUUGGCUUAUAUCUCAAAAACUCCAGCAUUUAGAGCAAAUAAGACAAGAAGUUAAAGUAUUUAUUAGGUCAAGGUCUACAUGUCCUGAAAUUUUCAGCCGAAUUGGGUAACUGGUUUUUCAGGUAUAAUGCCCCUGAAUUGAUGAUUUUAAAGAAAUUUUGCAGUUUUUGGUUAUUAUCUUGAAUAUUAUUAUAGAUACAGAUAAACUGUUAAUAGCAAAAAUGUUAAGCAAAGUAAAAUCUACAAAUAAGUCAAUUUGACCAAAAUUGUCAAUUGACCCCUUAAGGAGUUAUUGCCCAUUAAAGACUUUUUUUUACAAUUUGUUCAUCAUGUUGACCUACUUUAAAAAAUCUUAUCCUUUGAAACUGCUGUAUUAAUUUCAGCCAAACUUAAGCUAAAUGAGUUUCAGAGUAUCUAGUAUAAAUUUUAUAUUUUAUUUCCUUGUAUGUCAAGAAACAUAGCUCCUAUGGCUAAAAUAGAACAUAGGAGAAAAUUUUUUUUUUUUGCUUUUGAAGAAAAUAGGACGAUUCAAAGAACAAUUAAAUAAAUUGAAAAGCCAAAAUAAUCAUUGAUGAGAGAUUUAACCAAAAAAAUUAAGGUGAGCGAUUCAGGCUCUUGGGAGCCUCUUGUUUAUAACUAAAUAUCAGAAAUCCUCAUCUGUACACAAACAUAUACACAUGAGCUGUUGCAUAGGUGUAAAAUAUCAUGUGUUUUAUCAUGUUAUGAUAUAACAGACAUGAAAAUAAAUAUACUAAUAAUAGUUAAGUCCCUCUGAAUUUUUUUCUUAUUUGUAUUUUGCUUCUGUUAUCUAGAUAUAUGUAUUUUUUUUAGUUGUUUUACUUUUAAUGUCAGUCUUAUAUUUCAAUAAUUUUGAUAUUUCAAUCGUACAACUGAUGUUAUGAUAAUUAGCUUCAGUAGAACACACUAUCUAACCUUUGAUAACUAUUUACCCAACUGGGUCGAUGCCACUGCUGGUAGACGUUUCUUACGCGAGGUUAUCACCAGCCCAAUAGUUAACACUUUGGUGUUGACAUGAAUAUCAUUAAUGUGGUCAUUUUUAUAAAUUUCCUGUUUACAAAACUUUAUAAAAAAACUAAGGAUUUUCUUAUCCUAGGCAUAGAUUACCUAAGCUGUAUUUGGCACAACUUUUAAGAAUUUUAAAUCCUCAAUGCUCUUCAACUUUGUACUUACUUUGUUUGACUUUAUAAAUAUUUUGAUAUGAGAGUCACUGAUGAGUCUUAUGUAGAAGAAACGCGCGUCUGUCAUACUAAAUUAUAAUCCUGGUACCUUUGAUAACUAUCUAUACAUAGUAUCUAUUUAUUAAAUAUGCUAGCAUAUAGAGGCAAUUCAGCCUUAAUAAGUCAAACAAAUGUGUAUGAACAGGCAAUGAGACAGGAACUAAUGAGAAUACAGAACAUUUUAUAAGUCACUGAACAGACAUUCAUAAAUGAAAUCCUCAUCUGGUGCAUGUUUCAAUAAUGUUAUUAAUGAAAGAUGCAUUUAUUAUACUUUAAUUUAAAGAUAUCCAAAAGUGUCCAGUUUGCUACAAAGAGAUUAAGAGAACUUCAACUAAUGUUGAGUAUAUAUCCUUUUUAAAUUAGCUUUAAAUACCUUAUUUAAAAUUACCUUAAAGUAGAAAAUGUGUUCCAUAAAUGUUAUUGGUAGAUGCAUUUAUUAUUGAAAAUCUGCCCCCUUUAAUAAUGGGAGAUUUAAUUAGAUCAAUUCCUGUAUAUUUGAUGAUUGAGUGUUUGUUGCUAGCCAAUGUGAAGUUUUACUGGGACUAUUAUACUAAGUAUAAGUAUAAUAGUUGCAGGAUAUAACUACAUUAGUUUAUGUAUUCACAUUUUAACUUAAUGAAUAUAUAUUACUUGUAGUGCAAUGUUAUGUAUUGCAAUUUUUAAAACACAAAUUAAAUAAAAAGUAGAAGUUUUAUACUGAAAAAUGUA